AUGUCUUUGAUAUUCUUAAAAUUUUCAUCGAUCCUAAUUCUACUUAUAUUUCCAAACUUUGUGAACUCUCUUUGGCCACUACCACAAUACUGGUCAAAGGGCACUUCACUUCUCCGUGUUUAUCCUACCUUUACCGUAAAAUAUGAUCCUAAAAUUUUAAAUUCAUACACAGAUCAAUUAAUAGAAUCUGCUAAAAAUCGGUUGCAAAUACUUUUGAAAAAGGAAAAAUAUUUUUCACCUAAUGUUAAAUUCCAAAUUCCAGAGGAUGGAGACGAUUCGAUAUUGACAUUGUCAUCCAUUAAGAUUGAAAUAACUGAUAAUCUUAAAAAAGAUCAGGAUGAUUCAGAAGAAGAGUAUAUUGAUUGGACUUAUAAUAAAGAGAUGAGUGAAGGAAUUCCGUUGGGAACAGAUGAGUCAUAUGAACUGAUAAUACCGGAAAAGAAAAACGACGAUGAAAAAGAAUUAAUAGCAUAUUUGAAGGCACCAACAGUUUAUGGAAUUUUACACGGUCUUACCACAUUUUCACAAUUAUUAUAUCACAACCGUAAUUAUGAAGGAUUAUUUCUUCCAUUUGCACCUCAUCACAUAGAUGAUUUUCCAAAAUUUAUGCAUCGAGGUCUCUUACUCGAUACUUCACGAAACUAUUACCCAAUUAAAGAAAUUCUUAAAACUUUGGACGUUAUGAGUUGGAAUAAAAUGAAUGUUUUUCAUUGGCAUAUUGUGGAUUCUACUAGUUGGCCAGUGGUUAGCGAAAAGUAUCCAGAAUUGAGUGAAAAAGGAGCGUAUGAUCCUAAGAAAAUGAUUUAUACAAAAAGAGAUAUCAGGAUCGUUGAUGAAUAUGCAAGGGCGAGAGGAAUCAGAGUUAUACCAGAGUUUGAUAUGCCAGGACAUACAUAUGCUAUAGCCGCAAGCAUGCCAGAAAUUAUGACGUGUAUAGAUAUGUAUCCGGAUUGGAAUAAGUAUUCUGCUGAACCACCAAGUGGUCAAUUGAACCCAGCCAUACCUGAAACCUAUACCUUCCUUAAUGAAUUGGUUCCUGAGAUAGCAUCCUACUUUACUGAUAAAUUUUAUCACACUGGCGGUGACGAAGUAAACAUAAACUGCUGGGAAACACUUGCCCAACAGGAUGACCUUACCACAGAAUCCUUGAUAGAUAAAUUUGUGACCAACCUCUAUACGAUACUAAAAAACGAAGGGAAGGUACCAAUGACAUGGCAAGAAAUGAUAACGGAACAUAACCUAGAGUUGCCAAAAGAUACGGUGGUCCAAGUAUGGACGGAUCACACGAUGGUGAAAAAGGUAGUGGAGAAAGGGUACAGAGUUGUGACUGGUAGUGGAGAUUAUUGGUACUUGGAUUGUGGACAUGGUGGAUGGCUUGGUAAUGAUGUUGAAGGGAAAAGUUGGUGUGAUCCAUAUAAAACAUGGCAACGGAUAUAUUCAUAUAAUCCCAUAAAAGGAUUAUCAGAUGAAGAAGCCAAAUUUGUUAUCGGAGGUGAAGUUCUUUUAUGGUCUGAGCAAUCCGAUCCAACAAAUUACGAACAACAAUUAUGGCCACGUUCUUCGGCCGCUGCAGAAGUUUUAUGGUCUGGCAUUGAGGAUGUUGAUGGGAAUAGACGAGUGCCAGAUAAUGAUGCAUUACAAAGAUUGAAUGAUUGGAGAUUUCGAAUGGUCGAACGAGGUAUAAAGGCCGAACCAUUACAGCCUUUAUGGUGUGUUCUUACUGGACGGUGCGAUAAAGCUGUAACAACGGAAGAAAUAAAUAAAGAAACAUGA